AUGUGGGAGACGUUCGAGAAGCUCGGAUCACAGUUGCAAGAAAGAAAAGAAAAACCAGAUUUCGAGUCGAUUGUGGCUGAUGGGCUUGAACUCCGCCCACGGUUGUCUCGGCUUUUCAUGAUGUACUAUGAUGUAUACGACGUUGAACCCCAUGUUUUUCUGCCCUCCGAACGGAACCGAAUGUCCAUGAUGCAACAUGAAGAAGCGGGGACACCCCUUCUUGCUUUCUACGAGACAUGGAAGGGUGGCUGCUGUCAGUAUCCUCCAACUUCUUGUAUAUUCUGCCCCCUAUGCAUCCCUGACGUUGAAUACUCCCGACCCGAAUCUGAAGUAGUGAUGAUGAUGAUGAUCUGGUCCAAGCCACGGCUCGGCGUCGGGCGGUGGUCGCGUUGUGUUGGCCCAAGCUUAUGCCGAUCCACUCACGGCCAGGCAACCGUCAACCCUCAGCCAUCAUGA